UCAGGAGCUUCAAUAUCCUUCGCCCCCCUGGAAAAAAGAGAGCAAGGGAGUUAUCAGUUUCCAUAUAAAAUAAAUGGCCGAUUCUUCCAAAGAAGAGCUUCUCCAACUCAUCAAACGCUUCGGGGCUUAUCUCACCGUCAAGAUGUCCAAUCUCUUCUCCUCGAUCUCCUCCCAAAACUUGAACACACGUUCGAUUGGGGCGAUUGCUGGCUUUGCGGUUGCUAUAGUUUUUACCUGGAGGCUUUUUAGAACUCCAGCUCCGCCACCAAGAAGGCAGCCGAAGCGCCAGGCACCUGGGUCCAGUAGCUCCGGCGUCAGUUCUCCUCCGAAUUCAACGCUGACGUCCACCGGAGGAGUUUCGUCUUCAGAGAAUACAAGAGUGCAGAAUGUUGUUGAUGAGUUCUUCCAGCCGGUAAAGCCGACUUUGGGGCAGAUAGUUAGACAGAAACUGAGUGAAGGAAGAAAGGUGACUUGUCGUUUACUUGGGGUAAUCCUGGAGGAAAGUACCCCAGAGGAGCUUCAGAAACAAGUAACUGUGAAGUACUCAGUGCUGGAAGUACUCUUGGAGAUCACAAAAUAUUGUGAUCUGUACUUAAUGGAAAGAGUUCCGGAUGAUGAAACUGAAAACAAGGUUUUAGCAGCUUUGGAAGAUGCUGGGGUUUUCACAUCUGGGGGUUUGGUCAAAGACAAGGUUCUGUUCUGCAGCACAGAGAAUGGACGGACAUCAUUUGUUCGGCAGUUGGAACCAGAUUGGCAUAUCGACACAAAUCCUGAGAUCAUCUUUCAAUUAUCUAGGUUUAUCAAGUACCAGCUUCACAUCUCUCCUACUAGAUCUGAACGGGCGUCUUCCAAUGUGUUCAGCUCCCCAUCCUUGGAACAAUUCUUUGGAUGACUUUGAUGCUUAAAGAGAUGAUGAUACAAAACAUAAGCCUUUAGGUAUCCAUUAGGGUCCUUUUUCCCCCGAUUUUGGGUUUUAUGUUUUUCGUACUUUAAGCUGCAGCUCAUUAAGGCUCAGUGUACUUUUUUCUUUCUCGUUGUACUGUUGUUCAGUUAUUGGUAGUUACUAGUCAGAUGGUAGACUUGUUCUGUAUAACUACAGUGUCGAGGGAUGUUCUCGAUUUGAAAUUUGUGUAAUAGAUUGGAUGAAAUACAAACUCCAACCGGAAAUCUAUGAAAUGGUUGAUGUAUGCAAUCUACCUCAGUCAAAUGAUACACCACCAUGGAUUAUAUAA